CUCACUCUAUUUGGACAAGAACUUAAUACCAAAAGCUGGACACUUUUUGUAAAACCUCCUGCUUUCCUUUUUUAAAAAAAAAAAAAAAACUCUAUUUGAGAAGAGGAUUUGGAAUAAGCUCUUCCUCUUUCUCUCUCCCUCUCUCUCUUUGAUGCUUUUCUCAGGAACAGACAGCCUGACAGAAAAAGUUGUGACAGAUUUAGAAAGCUGCAAAAAAAAAGAGGAAAAAAAAAGUCCAGAGUGAGACAGACAGAGCUUUGCCCUGGAGGUUUCUGAGGAGGAAACAGGAGACAGAUAAAGAGGCAGCCAUAAUCUCAGAGAGAGACAGACAGACAGACAGAGGGAGGGAAGAGCACAGCUGUUGUGAGGAAGAGAAGGGAAAAUAUAGAUAAAGAAAGCAAGGAGGUGCACAAGUGUGAAGGGUGAGGAGAAGAGACUGACGAGAACAACCGAGGCUGGAAAGAAAAAGAGACCUACAAGAGAGUCAGCAACCGAAACCCAGAGCUUGAGGAAUAAAAAGACAAUAAGAAGAAGACAAAAUAACAGAGAGAGACUCGAAGAGGUGGACAUCAAAUUAAACAACAGUGAGAAUGGAGACGCAGCAAGACAAGAGGAAAGACUUCCCCUGAAGAGGCAGAAAAAAGGAGCAGUGUUUGACAAGAAGAAGAGGAGAAGAUUUCCUCAUCAUGUUUUAUUCAGCUCGCUUCCCAAAUUCAAACAACCUGCGCCGGAAGAGCAACUUCGUCCCAGGAUAGAAUGAAGAGAGGGGCAAAGAGAUACCGGCCCAGUCUGUGAUACCCUCCUGCUCCUCCUUUUCCCCAGACUCAUCCACCUCCCUCUCCUCCUCCCUUUCUUUCACUUUAUAUCCAGCUUUAAAUUCACUAACUUCCUCCUCCUCUGUCCUGUAUAUCUCCUCUCCUCUCCAUCUCCUCACUAUGUGGAUACCAGCUUUGCUCCUAUGGAUUUUUAAGAUCAGCAAUUUGUGCUCAGGACAAGACUACACAGACUAUUACCAAACUGGAGACAUGGGCACCGAGGCUCCAGCUAUGUCAGAUGACCGGGCCAGUUUGGAGACAGUGACGAGUGUGGAUCAGCUACUACAGCUUCUGUACCCUGAAUACAGUUUGCUUCAGCACUGCCUGAGGAAGAAAUCCUGGCACGUCUCCUCUUCCUCCUCUUCCCCCUCUUUUCCCGGCUCCUCAGCAAGCCCCUUAGUCCACUCUCACGAUGAGGAUCUGUGGGGUCAGCCGAGGGAGGAGGCUCUUUACAAAGUGGACGGAACUUUGGGAGUCAUCCUAGAGGAGAUCCAGCGGACGUCAUGCCAGCCCAGAGAGGUGUGUGUCGAGGUCGCCAAAGAGUACCCAGAAUCCACCAGUCAGUUCUACCUCCCUCGCUGUGUGGCGCUGCAUCGGUGUGGCGGAUGCUGCACCAACGAGGCCCUUUACUGCACCAAUACGAGCCACACGCUUGUCAACAAGACACUGAUGGAGCUGUCCCCGCCCAGGAUGGACCGUUCUGUCGUCAUGGUAACCUUCGUCAACCACACUUCGUGCGAAUGCCUCUCCAAGCGGCCGCUCCACUCCAUCAUAAGACGAGCUGCAACAGAUCAUCACUGUUCCCCACCUGACGUUCCCUGCGCCUCUGGCUCAUUAUGGGAUCCAAUGAACUGUGUGUGUGUUUCUACAGAUGCUAUAAACUACUCUGAGCCUGAGGCGCAGGACUCAGGUCUGCUGGCUCUCUGUGGGCCCAACAGGGUUCUGGAUGAGUCCACCUGCGAGUGUGUCUGUCGGAAUGGACUCACCGAGGACAGCUGCGAUCCAGGCUGGAAACUGGACCACAACACCUGUGAAUGCCAGUGUGAAGGUCAAGGUGAGGGGAAGCUGUGUCCCACCGGCCAGCGGUGGGAUGAGGAGCUAUGUGGCUGCGUAUGUGCUGCAGAGUGUCCUGGGAACCAGCCUCUAAACCCCGACACCUGCCUGUGUCAGUGCAGAGAGAGUCCACAGUCGUGUCUGCGGCAGGGCAAGAGGUUCAACCCCAACACCUGCAGCUGUUACAGGUUGCCUUGCAGAAAGCCCAGACCUGUGUGCCAGACUGGUUUUUACUACAGCCACCAAGUCUGCCAGUGCAUCCCCAACUACAUGAGGCCUGGGUGGAAUUAACCAAUCACAGGCAGGCUGAAGAGCAAAGGUGCAGAUGCCCUUCAACCUGAGGCUGGAACACUUUUGGCCUGAAAACAAAGGGGUGAGAGGGUCCUCCCUCUGUGCCUCUUGACUACAAGCAGCACUUAAGGAGUUUUAUUAGUGCUGUCUGUGCUCUGACACAAAGGAGGAUGGGAGUGCUUCCCAGUUAAACAAAAAGGCCAGAACAGCCACCCAUAUGCAGGACUUAUAAAAGUGGACUUAUCUUAGCCAAAGAGAGAAAAUGAAGAGAUAUCUGACUCUCUGGGACUGUCUUAAAAGUGUUGGCCCUUUACCCAAUGCCAACAACACGAUCCUGACUGGAAGCGACCAAUCACACCAGGACACAAGCAUGAUAGCAAGGGUGGGAUGGACCAAUCAGACUGUGAGCCAGCAUUCAUCCCCGCUACAACGUGUUUGAGCAUGACGUUCAACCACCGACCUGCUGCAGAGACACCCCUCGUGACUGUGUGAAAUGGAAAGUGGAAUAUAAUAAUAACA